UGGAGAGUUUUUAAUGAUGAGCUGUUUUGCUUUCUGAAGUUAUGCUUUUGUUGAAAUGAAAUGUUUAUGUGAUCUUUCAUCUUUGGUUACUGGAAGUGGAAGUGGAAGUGGAAGUGGAAUCAACCAUGAAUAAAUUUUCAUCUUUAGCACUAAAAGUUUGAUUUUUUUGAUACCAUCUUCACUAAAAUAAGCUAUAAGAGUGUAAGGGAAAAGUUCACAGUGUUGAUCAUACCAAAUUCUGUAUGUCUGAGGCCCAAAGAAGGUCAGCUGUGUCUGGUGGAAAUAAUGGAUACGUAAAUGGGGUAUUGCCAAUCCGGAGCCCGGCUACAAUAUGUGAAGUAGAUGAAUUUUGUUCUGCACUUGGAGGGAAAAAGCCGAUCCAUAGCAUUUUAAUUGCGAACAAUGGAAUGGCAGCUGUCAAAUUUAUACGUAGUAUUAGAACGUGGGCUUAUGAAACAUUUGGUACCGAAAAGGCAAUCCUGUUGGUGGCAAUGGCUACUCCUGAGGACAUGAGAAUCAAUGCAGAGCAUAUUAGAAUUGCCGACCAGUUUGUGGAAGUUCCCGGGGGGACAAAUAAUAAUAACUACGCCAAUGUGCAGCUCAUUGUAGAGAUGGCAGAGAUAACACAUGUUGAUGCGGUUUGGCCUGGAUGGGGUCAUGCAUCAGAAAACCCUGAGCUGCCCGAUGCACUGAAUGCAAAAGGAAUCAUUUUUCUUGGGCCUCCAUCUGUUUCUAUGGCAGCAUUGGGAGAUAAGAUUGGUUCAUCAUUGAUUGCCCAAGCAGCAGAUGUACCCACCCUUCCAUGGAGUGGUUCUCAUGUGAAAAUUCCUGCAGAAAGUUGCCUAGUUUCUAUUCCAGAUGAAAUAUAUAGUAAAGCAUGCGUUUAUACGACAGAAGAAGCAAUUGCAAGUUGUCAAGUUGUUGGUUAUCCCGCAAUGAUUAAGGCAUCUUGGGGUGGCGGCGGUAAAGGCAUAAGAAAGGUUCAUAGUGAUGAUGAAGUUAGGGCACUAUUCAAGCAAGUGCAAGGCGAAGUUCCAGGUUCACCUAUAUUUAUAAUGAAAGUUGCUUCACAGAGCCGGCAUUUAGAGGUCCAGUUACUUUGUGAUCGGUAUGGGAAUGUUGCUGCUUUGCAUAGCCGUGACUGUAGUAUUCAGAGGCGGCACCAGAAGAUUAUCGAGGAGGGUCCAAUCACUGUAGCUCCGUGGGAGACAGUAAAAAAGCUGGAGCAGGCAGCUAGAAGGUUAGCUAAAUGUGUGAAUUAUGUUGGAGCUGCAACUGUUGAAUAUCUUUACAGUAUGGACACUGGCGAGUACUACUUUCUAGAGCUCAACCCUCGGUUACAAGUGGAGCACCCUGUAACUGAGUGGAUUGCUGAAGUGAAUCUGCCAGCUGCUCAGGUUGCGGUCGGGAUGGGUAUUCCUCUAUGGCAAAUUCCUGAAAUACGGAGAUUUUAUGGAGUGGAACAUGGUGGAGGUUAUGAUUCUUGGAGAAAAGUUUCUGUUGUUGCCACUUGUUUUGAUUUUGACAAGGCUGAAUCAACAAGGCCUAAAGGUCACUGUGUAGCUGUGCGUGUGACGAGUGAGGAUCCUGAUGAUGGUUUUAAACCUACCAGCGGAAAAGUACAGGAGUUGAGUUUUAAAAGCAAGCCAAAUGUGUGGGCUUACUUCUCUGUCAAGUCUGGAGGAGGCAUUCAUGAAUUUUCAGAUUCUCAAUUUGGACAUGUCUUUGCUUUUGGGGAAUCCAGAGCUCUUGCUAUAGCAAAUAUGGUUCUUGGGUUGAAAGAAAUUCAAAUCCGUGGAGAAAUUCGUACAAAUGUUGAUUACACAAUUGACCUUUUACAUGCUUCAGAUUACCGAGAAAAUAAAAUCCACACUGGUUGGUUGGACAGUAGAAUUGCUAUGCGAGUUAGAGCAGAAAGGCCUCCGUGGUAUCUUUCAGUUGUUGCCGGAGCUCUCUAUAAAGUGUCGGCCAGCAGUGCAGCUAUGGUUUCAGAUUAUAUUGGUUAUCUUGAAAAGGGUCAAAUUCCUCCCAAGCACAUAUCACUUAUGAAUUCUCAAGUGUCUUUGAACAUUGAAGGAAGCAAAUAUACGAUUGACAUGGUUAGAGGGGGAACAGGAAGUUAUAGGUUGAGAAUGAAUGAGUCGGAGAUUGAGGCAGAGAUACAUACAUUACGUGAUGGUGGUUUAUUGAUGCAGUUGGAUGGAAAAAGUCAUGUCAUUUAUGCAGAGGAAGAAGCCGCUGGUACUCGCCUUCUAAUUGAUGGAAGGACUUGCCUGCUACAGAAAGAUCACGAUCCUUCAAAAUUAGUGGCUGAAACACCAUGCAAACUGCUUAGAUUUUUGGUUUCUGAUGGUAGUCAUAUUGAUGCCGACAUUCCUUAUGCUGAGGUUGAGGUUAUGAAAAUGUGCAUGCCUCUUCUUUCACCUGCUUCAGGAGUUAUUCAAAUAAAAUCAUCUGAAGGUCAAACAAUGCAGGCUGGUGAGCUUAUUGCUAGCUUGGAUCUGGAUGACCCUUCAGCUGUUAGGAAAGCUGAACCAUUCCAGGGGAACUUUCCGGUACUGGGGCCGCCCACUGCAAUUUCUGACAAAGUUCAUCAGAGAUGUGCUGCAAGUUUAAAUGCAGCCCGCAUGAUUCUCGCUGGUUAUGAGCAUAAUAUCAAUGAAGUAGUUCAAAGCCUUCUAAAUUGCCUUGACAGUCCCGAGCUGCCUUUCCUUCAAUGGCAAGAAUGCAUGUCUGUUUUGGCAACCAGGCUUCCCAAAGAUCUUAAAAAUGAGCUGGAAUCGAAGUAUAAAGGGUUUGAAGUGAUUCCAAGCUCCCAGAAUAUCGACUUUCCUGCAAAGCUAUUGAAGGGAGUCCUCGACUCCCAUCUAUCCUCUUGUUCUGAGAAAGAAAGAGGAUCCCUAGAAAGGCAUAUUGAACCAUUGAUGAGCCUUGUGAAGUCAUAUGAAGGCGGAAGAGAAAGUCAUGCUCGUGUUAUUGUGCGUUCCCUUUUCGAAGAGUAUCUAUCUGUUGAAGAGUUAUUCAGUGACAACAUCCAGGCUGAUGUGAUCGAACGUCUUCGGGUUCAGUAUAAGAAAGAUCUACUAAAGGUUGUGGACAUUGUGCUUUCUCAUCAGGGUGUCAAGAAUAAAAAUAAACUGAUACUCAGACUCUUGGAACAACUGGUUUAUCCGAACCCUGCUGCAUAUAGAGAUCAACUAAUCCGAUUCUCUGCACUAAAUCAUACUAGUUAUUCUGAGUUGGCACUCAAGGCUAGUCAAUUACUGGAACAAACCAAAUUGAGUGAACUUCGCUCCACCAUUGCUAGAAGCCUUUCUGAAUUAGAAAUGUUUACUGAGGAUGGUGAAAGUAUGGACACGCCCAAGAGGAAAAGUGCCAUUAAUGAAAGAAUGGAGGAUCUCGUUAGUGCUCCUUUAGCUGUUGAAGAUGCUCUCAUAGGUUUGUUUGAUCAUAGUGAUCACACACUUCAGAGGCGGGUUGUAGAGACAUAUGUUCGGAGGCUUUACCAGCCGUAUCUUGUAAAGGAGAGUGUUCGUAUGCAGUGGCAUAGAUCUGGUCUUAUUGCUUCAUGGGAGUUCUUGGAAGAGCAUAUCGAGAGAAAGAAUGAGUCAGAAGAAAAAAUGUCUGUUGAGAAACAUAGUGAGAGGAAAUGGGGCGCCAUGGUUAUAAUUAAAUCUCUCCAAUUUUUGCCUGCAAUUAUCAGUGUCGCUUUAAGGGAAACAACUCAUAACCUUGAGAAAGCAACUCCACAUGGAUCUCUUGAGCCAACAACCUUUGGUAAUAUGAUCCAUAUUGCACUUGUCGGCAUAAACAAUCAGAUGAGUUUACUUCAAGAUAGUGGUGAUGAGGAUCAAGCUCAAGAGAGAAUCAAGAAAUUAGCGAAAAUACUUCAAGAUAAAGAGGUAGGGUCAAGUCUACGCUCGGCUGGUGUGGGGGUAAUUAGCUGUAUCAUACAGAGGGAUGAAGGGCGAACACCAAUGAGGCACUCGUUUCAUUGGUCAGCUAAAAAUCUAUAUUACGAGGAAGAACCUCUUUUGCGACAUCUAGAACCUCCUCUAUCCAUAUACCUCGAAUUGGAUAAGCUUAAAGGCUACGAGGGCAUAAGGUAUACCCCAUCACGUGACCGUCAAUGGCACUUAUAUACUGUUCUAGACAAGCCACACGCGAUCCAGAGGAUGUUCCUCAGAACACUUGUCAGGCAGCCUACAUCCAAUGAUAGGCUUACAGCAUAUUCGGGACAUGAUGUUGACAUGAUGCAUAAUCAAUUGUCUAUGUCUUUUACUUCAAAGAGCAUUUUUCGGUCCAUAAUGGCUGCUAUGGAGGAGUUGGAACUUAACGUGCACAAUGCUACUCUAAAGCCCGACCAUGCUCAGAUGUACCUUUGUAUCUUACAAGAGCAAGAGAUAAAUGAUCUCAUGCCUUAUACCAAGAGAGUUGACAUAGAUGUUGGACAAGAAGAAGAGGCAGUAGAGACGAUCUUAGAAGAACUGGCUCGGGAAAUUCAUGCGUUUGCCGGUGUAAGAAUGCAUAAAUUAGGUGUUUGUCAGUGGGAGGUGAAGCUCUGGAUAGCAUCUUUUGGACGAGCAAAUGGUGCUUGGAGAGUUGUAGUGACAAAUGUGACAGGUCAGACCUGUACUGUGCAUAUAUACCGAGAACUAGAGAAUACCAGCAAAUACCAAGCGGUAUACCAUUCCCUUUCUGUAAGGGGUCCUUUGCAUGGUGUACCAGUUAAUGCCCACUAUCAGCCUUUGGGUGUUCUUGACCGGAAACGUCUAUUAGCAAGGAAAAAUGGUACCACUUAUUGCUAUGACUUUCCAUUGGCAUUCCAGAUGGCCUUGGAACAGUCAUUUGCAUCGCGAUUCCCAGGUUUUAAAAAACCCAAAGAUAAACUUCUUUGUAAGGUCACGGAACUUGUAUUUGCUGACCAAAAAGGUUACUGGGGCACUCCUCUUAUUCCAAUCGAACGCCAGCCUGGCCUCAAUGAUGUUGGCAUGAUAGCCUGGAGCAUGGAAAUGUCUACUCCCGAGUUUCCUUCUGGAAGAACAAUUUUGAUAGUAGCAAAUGAUGUUACCUUCAAAGCUGGUUCUUUUGGUCCAAGAGAGGAUGCAUUCUUUCUUGCCGUGACCGAUCUUGCAUGCACUAAGAAACUGCCUUUAAUUUAUUUGGCUGCUAACUCUGGUGCCCGUAUUGGGGUAGCUGAGGAAGUCAAAGCCUGCUUUAAAGUUGGUUGGUCCGAUGAAUCCAGCCCUGAGAACGGUUUUCAAUAUGUUUACUUGACCCCUGAGGAUUAUGCAAGGAUUGGAUCAUCUGUCAUUGCACAUGAGAUGAGGCUAGCCAGUGGAAAGACCAGGUGGGUGAUCGAUGCUAUUGUGGGUAAGGAGGAUGGUUUGGGGGUCGAGAACUUAUCAGGUAGUGGGGCCAUUGCAAGUGCAUACUCAAGGGCAUACAAGGAAACCUUUACCUUAACAUAUGUGACUGGUAGAACUGUGGGUAUAGGUGCUUAUCUUGCUCGUCUUGGCAUGCGAUGCAUACAGAGACUUGACCAGCCGAUUAUUUUGACUGGUUUCUCUGCAUUGAAUAAACUUCUUGGUCGUGAGGUUUACAGCUCCCACAUGCAACUUGGUGGACCUAAAAUCAUGGCAACAAAUGGGGUUGUACAUCUCACUGUCUCGGAUGACCUUGAAGGGGUAUCAGCGAUUUUGAACUGGCUAAGUUGCAUUCCUCCUCAUCUAGGUGGGCCAAUACCCGUUUUAAAUCCUUCUGAUCCUCCAGAACGACCUGUGGAGUACUUCCCAGAAACUUCAUGUGAUCCUCGUGCUGCUAUUUGUGGUACUUUAGAUAGUAAUGGGAACUGGAAGGGGGGUAUUUUCGACAGGGAUAGCUUUGUCGAGACACUGGAAGGAUGGGCCAGAACAGUUGUGACAGGAAGGGCAAAGCUUGGAGGAAUCCCUGUAGGAAUAGUAGCUGUCGAGACGCAGACAGUGAUGCAGGUUAUCCCUGCUGAUCCGGGACAACUUGAUUCACACGAGAGGGUUGUCCCUCAAGCUGGACAGGUAUGGUUUCCGGAUUCUGCCACAAAAACAGCUCAAGCAAUAAUGGAUUUCAAUAGGGAAGAGCUUCCACUUUUCAUCCUUGCCAAUUGGAGAGGCUUUUCGGGUGGGCAAAGGGAUCUUUUCGAGGGCAUCCUUCAGGCUGGGUCAACCAUUGUUGAGAAUCUCAGUACAUAUGGACAACCCGUCUUUGUUUACAUUCCCAUGAUGGGUGAGCUUCGUGGUGGGGCAUGGGUUGUUGUGGAUAGUCGGAUCAAUUCAGACCAGAUAGAAAUGUAUGCCGAGCGCACUGCUAAAGGUAAUGUCCUUGAGCCGGAAGGAAUAAUCGAAAUCAAGUUUAGGAAAAAGGAACUAAUAGAGUGCAUGGGAAGGCUCGACCAACAGCUUAUAAGUUUGAAUGAAAAACUUCACGAAGCCAAGAGCAAUGGAGGCCAUGCCAAGGCAGAGUCUCUGCAGCAGCAAAUACAAUCACGUGAGAAGCAACUGUUGCCAGUGUACACGCAAAUAGCCACUAAAUUUGCUGAACUUCACGACACUUCUUUGAGGAUGGCUGCAAAAGGGGUAAUAAAAGAAGUUGUUGACUGGGACCGUUCACGCUCAUUCUUCUACAGAAGACUGCGCCGGAGAAUUUCUGAGAAUUCUCUAGUCAAAACUGUAAACGAUGCAGCCGGUGACCAACUGUCAUAUAAAUCUGCAAUGGACUUGAUCAAGAGAUGGUUUUUUGAUUCCAAUGUUGCAAAGGGCAGAGAGGAUGCUUGGGUUAAUGAUGAAGCUUUCUUUUCAUGGAAGGAUGAUACGAGAAACUACAACGAGAAGCUACAAGAGCUUCGUUUCCAAAAGGUAUUGCUUCAGCUUACGAAUAUUGGCAGUUCAGCUUCGGAUAUGCAAGCUCUACCCCGAGGCCUUGCUGCCCUUCUAAGUAAGAUGGAGCCAUCAAGUAGGAAACAAAUAGCUAACGAAAUCCGUAAGGUUCUGAGUUGAUUAGACGUCUUCAUGAGAAUAAUGUCCAACAAUCUUCUCACUCACUCAUUUAAAUUUUGGUAACUUGAUGCGAGUUGAUAAUCAAACCAUGCCUGUAGUGGAACUUCUGCAACAAUUCAAGUAUUUAUGAUGGCAAUUCGGUCCAACUACGUGAAGCUUCAUGAGAAUUGGAGACGUUGGUGGAGUCUGCAGCAAAGUCCAUAGCUUUCGUAAGCGUAAAUUUAGGGGGGUCCAGGUUGAUGGAGUAUUAGAUUUUUAGUGGCAUUAGGAAAUCAUCAUGCAUUAGCAAUCUAGUUUAAUGGUUUUGCUGCAGAUCUCAUGAAAACUUUGCUUGUACGAAUAGUUUCCAUAAUCUAUGUUUACUCAAACUUGGCUUUGAGUAUGUAUCCAACGUAGGUAUGUUUUAUCUUUUAUAAGUUUUUCCAUGUAUUUGUAAAGUUUGCAAAGGGUGAUAUCACAAUACCAUGUCCGAAUAUAUGUCAGACACCAGGUAUUUUCAGCAAAAUGACGGAAUAUUUGUGAAUGCAAAUUUAUCAGGUUUUGACA